GCGUACUUGGUCCACGUGACUUGCGAAGCCCCGGAUAAUUUGAAAAUGGUGAAGGUACUUCGUUUGCCUCAAUUCUGCAAUCAAAAUGUCUUUUCUAGUGACAGUGAACCAGUUGCAAUAGCUUGUGCUGGUGAAUGGCUCUUUUUGGCGACAGCCAAGCGAACAGUGGAAGUUCAUUCAUUGACAGCACGUUCUGAUGAACCAUACCGUCGUUUCAAUACGAUAUCCGAUGUCCUACAGCUGGUAUACAGCGAGCAAGCCGAUUGCCUGGUUUCCUUGGAGAAGAUGAAAACGAGGAGAUGGAACGGCAGAAUAGCAAGAAUUUAUUUCAAUUGGCUGUAUGGUUCUUUGGCUCAGCCAGCUCGCAUUAGAUUGGCUGGAAGCUCGAGGCGACAUCCACAGGAAACUGACCUUUGUAAAUGUCACGAGACUUGGCGAAUGGAUACUCACUUCCCGUCUGCGGGCUGUCUGGCUGACUUUUUCGCUAUUAAUUAAUAGACUCUACAAUACAUCUGAGAUUCUCUAAUAAUCGAACCUAAAGUCUUAUUCUCAGUAACUUGUAGGCGUACGUAGGAAACAUGGGG